CCUCCCCGGCGCCGUCGGGGUCUGGCCGGCCCCGGCGCCACCUGUAGCCCCCCCAUACCCCGGGGCCGGACCGGUGGAGGGGCCGGCGCCGCCGCCCGGCUCCAUCCCCAUUCCCGGCUCAGGCGGCGCGGCCGCAUCCUGCGCAGCGGCGGCGGGCGGGGCGGUGGAGGGGGCGGGAGGCGGAGAGGACCGGCCACCAUUUAAAGCGGUAGCGGCGCGGCGCGGCUCCCCAGUGCCGUGCUGCCGCGGAGCGCGGCGGAGGCAGCCGCGGCCAGGGCGGGCGGGAGCGGCCGACACCCCCCGCCGCCCAUCCCGCCCCGCCGCCCCGGCCCCUCCGGGCUGCAUGAAGGCGCAGGGGAGCGCGGGCGGGAGCCCGGGGCAUCGCCCGGGCGGCGGCGGCAGCGGCAGCACCAUGGUCCGCCUGGGCAGGCUCCUGCGGCUCCUGACUCUGAUGAAGUUGCCCUGCUGCCUGCUGGAGUUCCUGCUCUCGGAGGCGGCCCAGGGGCAGGAGAUGUACGCGCCCCACUCCAUCCGGCUGGAGGGGGACAUCACCCUGGGCGGCCUCUUCCCCGUCCACGCCAAGGGCCCCCCGGGCGUGCCCUGCGGGGACAUCAAGAAGGAGAACGGCAUCCACAGGCUGGAGGCGAUGCUCUACGCCCUGGACCAGAUCAACAGCGACCCGGACCUGCUGCCCAAUGUCACGCUGGGCGCACGCAUCCUGGACACCUGCUCCCGAGACACCUACGCGCUGGAGCAGUCCCUCACCUUCGUCCAGGCUCUCAUCCAGAAGGACACCUCCGACGUGAGGUGCACCAACGGGGAGCCGCCCGUGUUCGUCAAGCCGGAAAAAGUAGUUGGAGUGAUCGGGGCGUCGGGAAGUUCAGUGUCCAUUAUGGUGGCCAACAUCCUCCGGCUCUUCCAGAUCCCACAAAUCAGUUAUGCCUCAACUGCACCAGAGUUGAGUGAUGACAGGCGCUAUGAUUUCUUCUCACGUGUGGUUCCUCCAGAUUCCUUCCAAGCACAAGCAAUGGUGGACAUUGUGAAAGCUUUGGGAUGGAAUUAUGUGUCCACUUUGGCAUCUGAAGGGAAUUAUGGAGAAAAAGGAGUCGAGUCCUUCAUGCAAAUUUCCAGAGAGGCAGGUGGGCUCUGCAUUGCUCAGUCCCUGAAAAUCCCCCAGGAUCGCAAGGACAAGACCAUCGACUUCGAUAAAAUUAUCAAGCAGCUCCUAGAAACUCCCAAUGCCAGGGCCAUCGUUAUUUUUGCCAAUGAUGAGGACAUAAAGCAAAUCCUUGCGGCCGCUAAGAGGGCAGAUCAAGUCGGUCAUUUCCUAUGGGUGGGCUCGGACACGUGGGGCUCCAAGGUGAGCCCCUUACUUCAGCAGGAGGAUGUCGCCGAGGGAGCCAUCACCAUCCUGCCCAAGCGAGCAACCAUCGAGGGGUUUGAUGCCUAUUUUACCUCCCGCACCCUGGAGAACAACAGAAGGAACGUGUGGUUUGCAGAGUACUGGGAGGAGAACUUCAACUGCAAGUUAACCAUCAGUGGGUCAAAGAAGGAGGACACAGACCGUAAAUGCACAGGACAGGAGAGAAUUGGCAAAGACUCCCACUAUGAGCAGGAGGGGAAGGUCCAGUUCGUGAUCGAUGCCGUGUACGCCAUGGCCCACGCGCUCCACCACAUGAACAAGGACCUCUGUGCCGACUACGCGGGGGUCUGCCCCGAGAUGGAGCAUGCGGGAGGCAAAAAGCUGCUCAAGUACAUUCGCAGCGUCAACUUCAACGGCAGUGCUGGCACUCCAGUGAUGUUCAACAAAAAUGGUGAUGCACCAGGGCGCUAUGACAUCUUCCAGUACCACACCACCAACACCAGCACCCCGGGCUACCGCCUCGUCGGCCAGUGGACAGAUGACCUCCAGCUCAACAUCGAUGAAAUGCAGUGGGGCAAAGGAGUGCGUGAAGUCCCGUCCUCGGUCUGCAGCCUGCCUUGCAAGCCGGGAGAGAGGAAGAAGAUGGUGAAGGGGAUGCCGUGCUGCUGGCACUGCGAGCUCUGCGAUGGCUACCAGUACCAGGCGGACGAGGUGACUUGUCUGCUCUGCUCGUACAACGAGCGGCCCAACGAGAACCGAACGGGAUGCCGUUCCAUACCCAUCGUCAAGCUGGAGUGGCACUCGCCCUGGGCUGUGAUACCCGUCUUCUUGGCUAUGCUGGGAAUUAUUGCCACCAUUUUUGUCAUGGCAACAUUCAUCAGAUAUAACGACACUCCCAUUGUCCGGGCUUCUGGGAGGGAACUCAGCUACGUCCUGUUAACAGGGAUAUUUCUGUGCUACAUAAUCACGUUUCUGAUGAUCGCCAAACCAAACGUUGCAGUGUGCUCCUUCCGGCGUAUCUUCCUGGGCUUGGGGAUGUGCAUCAGCUAUGCAGCCCUGUUAACUAAAACAAACCGCAUCUACCGCAUAUUUGAACAGGGCAAAAAGUCAGUGACAGCACCUAGGCUUAUAAGCCCCACAUCACAACUGGCGAUCACGUCGAGUUUGAUAUCUGUUCAGCUUCUAGGUGUCUUUAUUUGGUUUGCAGUUGACCCACCCAACAUCAUCAUAGAUUAUGAUGAGCAGAAAACUAUGAACCCUGAUCAAGCCAGAGGAGUUCUCAAAUGUGACAUUACGGAUCUACAAAUCAUUUGUUCCUUGGGUUAUAGCAUUCUUCUAAUGGUUACGUGUACUGUGUAUGCCAUCAAGACUCGGGGUGUCCCAGAGAAUUUUAAUGAAGCUAAACCCAUUGGAUUCACUAUGUACACUACCUGUAUAGUAUGGCUUGCCUUCAUUCCAAUAUUUUUUGGCACUGCUCAGUCAGCCGAAAAGGCCCUGCUGCAAAAAAGAAGUACGUCAGUUAUAACAACCUGGUUAUCUAGUCCGUUUUGCCUCGUGGGGCGGAGGACGGGUGAGGAUUUUCAUCCACCGCUGGCGCAGACCUCCUCCCGAGCCACGGGGUGUCCGCCUCGGGGGGGGCGAGGGCACGGCGAUGCUGCAGGAAGGCGCGAGAGGAGCCCCGCGCUCCCAACGGCUGCUCCCUGAAAUGUCCUUCAUCGCUCUCGGCUUAGUACGUCGCUGGCGCUGCCGUCGGCUCCGGCCUUGGACCCGCUCCGGCCGCGGGAGCCGCCGUGCCCGAGCGCCCGGCUGCGGCACGGGAGCACCGGCUCCCCGGGGCGGGCUGCGUUCGGCUACAAGGACUUUAAGGGGCUAAUUCUGUCUUUCUAUGUACUUCCAGACUGCAAGUUUUUGAACUUUCUGUACAGUUUGUGAGGAUUUUUGCAUAUUGCCAUCCAUGUUGUUUCGAGUUCACUGUUUGUUUUUUGAAUGCACAGUUUCAUUGAGGCCCAAUUCUCUCAGACUUAGCACAUCUAAAAACCCAACAACUAAGGAUUUAACAGACCCAUACACGUGACUUGUACGAUUACUAUUGUAUCACUGCAAUCCAUAAACUUUUUUUUUUUAACUAAACAAACAAACAAAAAAAAGAAUUUAAAGACCAAAAACUGUGCUGGCGAAGUUAGUCCCACCCCCCCUUCACAACUCUGAUGGGCUGCAGAGGAAGCAGAAAGGGUUUUUGCUGAGUUUUAGUAGAGGUCUUGAUAUUUGGAAUGCAUGCCAGUAAUGUAUUUUAUGGUACAUGUUAAUAAUUUAUGUUUGAUAUUUGUAUUUGUGUUCUAUUUUGUUAUUUUAUUUAAGGUAUAUGACUAUUUUGCAAUAAUUUCAAUAAUUCUUAUGAUAUUUGGAGGAAAGAAUAUGGCUUUUACAUGUCUUGAGGUUUUUUUUCUUUGUUGAUGCCCCACCAUGAUUGACCAGUGUGAUAAGGACUUAAAAAAGCAUGUAUGUUUUAUACUGUUUGUAAUAAGUAAUUUCGUUAAUCUUGCUGCUUAUGUGCCAAUUUAGUGAAACCAAUCUUUGCCGCAAACUCCUCCCUUCCUCUCCAUUCUCUCAAUCCUGUGAUAUUAUCCAAGAAUGUACCAAUAAAGGAUUUUGGUUAACUUUUUUUUAUUUACUCCAAUAAAUAUAUUUUUUCAGUU